AUGACAACUGCACACCGCGCAACAUGGAAAGCUGCGCGUGGAGGGUUGCAGGAAGAAGGCAGCUUCCGCUUACACGUGCCAUCGGCGGCAGUGUCUUCGAAGGACGCGCCGACCGAGCCGGACUUGAAGCGCCGGGCGCCCUCGCAGAAGAAAGAAGCAUCGCGUCAAGCGCUUCGUGCCUCUCUUGAGUCGGGAGAGCUUGCAGCUUCAGGCCCUCACCGGAAGAAGGCACGCUUCGAACUGGAAUCUAUACCGGAACUUGAGUUGCUCGAUGAACUACCCGCAGAGUUUCAGACACCAGCGAUUGAGAAUACAAAGGAUUUAGAUAGAGAUGCGAAAUUGGAUGGUGAUGAGGAAUCUGAGAGUGAAAAACGAAGAGAUGUUUCGGUAGGGCCAGGUGCAGGCGGUGGAGAGCAUGUCGGUAGUGGCGGUGGUGCCAGGAACGUGGAAGAAGACGAUGAUUCGGAAGAUGAAAACGAGGACUCAGAUGACGACGAAGCUGAGCUGUUAGCGGAAUUGGAAAGAAUCCGAAAGGAGCGUGAAUUCGAAAGAGCGAGGAAGCAGUCUGAGGAGCAAGAACGCCAUGAGCGUGAACAAACAGCAAAGGCAGCCUCCGGUAAUCCGCUCAUGUCAAACUUGAACAUGUUCAACGAUGAAGUCAGUGACACUGCUAGUAUGGGCACUGGAAGUGUCCCGGCGUUUGCCGUGAAGCGGCGAUGGGACGACGACGUCAUUUUUCGAAACCAAGCAAAAGGCGAACGCAAGGAGACUCCACGAUUCAUCAACGACACGAUUCGGAACGACUUUCAUCGCCGUUUCAUGAAAAGAUACAUGCGGUAG